UCCAGGCUUCCAUUGACGACAGCCUCAUUAUGCGUUUAUAAGAGCGCCUGUCUGAUCUCACCAGCGUCUAGUUGGAGAAGAUUCAGCGAGGCAACACAUCGGGAGUGAACAGAUCUGGAUCUACAAUCUGGAGCUGCCACUUAACAUGAAAGUGUCCCAAUGGAACUAAAUUCAUCAAACAUCCUCUGCAAUGACACAGUCGCCUGGAUAUGGCUGUCGUCUCUCCAGCCUCCAUUUCUGGCUCUUAUCAGCAUCCUGGGAGUGGUGGGCAACAGUCUGGUUCUCUGCGUGUUCUGCCUCCAGCGGAAGCCGUGCACCAUAGCUGAUGUGUAUCUGGGCAACCUGGCAGCUGCAGACCUCAUUAUGGUCCUGUGUUUACCCUUCUGGACGGUCACCAUCUCCCAAGGCUAUCAGUGGAACUUUGGUCAGCUGCUCUGCAAGGUGAUCAACACUGCCAUUUCGAUGAACUACUACUGCAGCAUACUCUUCCUAGUGUUGGUCAGCAUGGACCGCUACCUUGCAUUGGCCAAACCCAUGAAUCCCAGUAAGUUCAGAUGCCCCAAGUGGGCCAAGCGUAUCUGUGUGAUGAUUUGGGCGGUGGGAUUCAUGCUCAGCCUCCCAACUUUGCUCUUCCGAAGAGUAAGUUUUGUUCCCUUCGUAGAGGUGGAAGCCUGUUACCUAGCAUACCCUCAUCCAGCCUGGGUUCUCCAAUGGAACCUCACGAAAAACUUAAUUGGGUUCCUGGUUCCGCUGCCAAUUAUUUCACUUUGUACUUUUCACAUGGUCAAAGCGCUUAAAAAACGUGGUCUGGUGAUUCAACCGAGAGUUCAAAUGGAGAGGAAGGCUGCUCGGCUGGUUCUGACGGUCCUCGCCGUGUUUCUCCUCUGCUGGACGCCAUUUCAGUUGUUGCGGUUCCUAGAAACUCUUAACUACUUUCAGUUCUUUUCUGGGUGUCUCUGGGAGCACAUAUUGCAAAUAGGCAACCAGCUGGCUACUUAUUUAGGACGGAAGAGCAACUCCUCUGUGCUCUUAAAUGUUACUGUUAUCAGCAAGUGCAGUGAUAGUCCUAAAGAUAACAGAAUAACACCGGUGGCACUGAGAGCUGUAUAUCCACCCAUCAAACCUCACAUGAUGUGCAAUUACUGA